AGACACCCUUUGGUGAAAUCUUUUUCCAGCUUCUCCUCUUUCCCUUCAGUCAGUAAAUAUGCUCACUAAAUACAACACAGGCCUUAUCAUCUUUGUGAAUUUAUUGGUUUUAACACAUCUCAGAUCGUACUGUGAAUACAAAUUAAUUUGGUGACUAAAUAUUCUUUAUUUUUAUAUCUGCAUUCACACAUUUGCAAAAUAUGUGGUUGAGAAGAUGAAUUACCACGAUCCUGUAAAUCCAAUUUCCUUAUUUCCACAAGCCAUGUUCUCUUAUGUUUUUCAGUUCAAGUGACGGCAGUAUUAGGUCUGAUCAAAGUAACUCUUUUUUUGGUGCAGUUUAGUCUCCUCUCUCAAGGAGAAUAUUAAACACAAUUAGAAUUACCAAUAACUGACAUAAAGGUCGAUUAGCCGUGCAUGGAUCAUAAAAGGAGUGGUCACAGAGGGACAAUCGCUACAAGGGGAAGUUUCUGAACUUCUGUAUUUAAGUACACCUUUGUCUAAGAACUCAUUAGUGCAACACUGUUCUUCAUUUAGAACAAACCCUGCUUGUUGGCUGUGGAAAACCACCUACGGCUCUCGGUAAGGAAUUAAAACAUUAUCAAUAUAUAUUGUUUUUUUAAAGGCCUUGAAUAAACUGUUUAAUGCAUGUACUUGUUACUCGUGUUGUUCCAUGGAGCCUACUGUAUUACCAUAUUGGUUAUUUGUUGUAUUUGUAAGGAAGAUGUAGGAACUUUAACUAAGGCCACGUUAAAAACUAAAACGAAUGUGGAUUAACUCUAACCUUUGAAUUCAUGCUGCAGGAGAUGAGGUUCACAAGAUGCAUCACGAUGAUCCAGUUGGAAAUGCUACUGAAUGUCAUCUUUGUUUCGGGUGGUGUGGGAUCCUGUCAUUCAGCCCUUCAUGCAUAUAUGCCAAACAAGAUGGAGGCAUUGAGGGACACUUGUUUGCAAAUUCCAUGUUCAUUUGAUUCAGUACCAUCAAAUAGAAUAGAUAAAAGCAAACCCAUAUUGGGUGCAUGGAUAAAAUCGAACCCCUAUUUUGGGGGUCAUCCAGAAAAUGUGGUUUUCCACAGCAACAAUCAAGAUAAUAAAUAUCCAAUUAGUAUCAUUGGGAAUAUGAGUGAAUACAACUGCACAACUGUUUUUACAAACAUGAUCUCAAGUUAUGCUGACGUGUAUUACUUCAGAGCGGAAAGCCCCAGUUUCAGGGCAACUGACGCCUGCAGUCGUCUUACAAUCACAGUUAAAGAUUCAGCCCCAGCACCCUCCAUACAGACCCUCCAGGAGGGACCACUAACGGAGGGGAGCAGGGUAACGUUCACCUGCAGGGCCAUCGCACCCUGUCCCACCCAGCCGCCUCACCUGAGCUGGAACCAGUCAGGAGGCCCUGAGGGCCGGCUGUUGCCGCACGGAGACCAAGAGCCUAACGUCAGGACCCGGCGGCUGAAUAUCACUCUGUCGGACCGACAUGACGGGGUCCGCCUCACCUGUCUGGUGGAGUAUCCGGUGAACGACCCAGCAGGCAGGCCCAGCAUCAGAACAGCAGAGAGCGUUGUGACGCUCAACGUUUCCUAUUCCCCGAAGGAUACCCAGGCCUCCGUCAGCCCCCCCACGGUGUCGCUGGGCAGUGUGGUCAACCUGACUUGCACCAGCAGAGCCAACCCCCCCGUUCUCCGGUUCACCUGGUUCAGGAGCAGUGCGGAGGGACCCCUGAACGUGUCAGAUGGAUCUUUGUACAGCUUCAAUGUGUCCAGCUGCAGAGGAAUCUACUACUGCGUGGCCACGAAUCCCUUGGGAAACCAAACAUCAAAAGAGAUUAUGCUAACUAUCAGCUGUGAAAGCGUCGAGUUGAAUGUCCUUCUGAUAAUUGGUGGAUUCUUUGGUACCGUCUUCUUUAUUGGUCUGAUCAUCGGUGUCCUGUGGUUACAGAAGAAACUUUCAACACAGCAACAGAAUCCAAUAUUCGAGCGAUCAGAAAAGCAGGUGGAAGAGGAGAUCCACUACGGAGAGAUUGACUUUGCCAAGCGAGGUGCUGUGCAGAACCCAGGCCUGGUGUUCCCCCAGGGGGAGGAGCAGACCUCAGAGUACGUUGAGAUCACUGCUCAACAGGCUAAGAACACACAGAUCAGAGAUGAACUGGAGAGGAGCUGAAUAGUUUGGACUGGGAUCUCUUUAGUAUCCACUCAUGUCAGUGUAAACAUAUCCUGCUUCAGCAUCCAUGGCACCCUUUAUGCUUUUUGGUCUCCAAGGCACCCAAUAAACCAAAACAAAAGUU